GGGUUUCUGCUAUUUUAACUCGGUGGCAAUCGCAGCCAAGCUGCUCCAGCAAAGACUGAACAUUAGCAAAAUCCUUAUAGUGGACUGGGAUGUUCACCACGGGAAUGGUACUCAGCAAGCUUUCUACAAUGAUCCUAAUGUUCUUUAUAUUUCACUACAUCGCUAUGAUGAUGGGAACUUCUUUCCAGGCAGUGGUGCUCCCGACGAGGUUGGCACAGGAGCAGGAGUUGGUUUCAAUGUUAACAUGGCCUUUACUGGUGGCCUUGAUCCACCGAUGGGAGACACAGAAUACUUAACUGCUUUCAGAACGGUAGUAAUGCCCAUUGCCAAUGAAUUUGCCCCAGAUGUUGUGCUGGUGUCAUCUGGUUUCGAUGCGGUGGAAGGCCAUCCCACACCUCUUGGAGGAUAUAAUCUAUCAGCAAAAUGCUUCGGGUACCUGACGAAGCAGCUGAUGGGCCUGGCCGGGGGUCGCGUCGUCCUGGCCCUCGAAGGAGGCCACGACCUGACCGCCAUUUGCGAUGCCUCGGAAGCGUGUGUUUCUGCUUUGCUGGGAAAUGAGCUUGACCCUCUUCCAGAAAAGGUUUUCCAGCAGAGAGCAAAUGCUAAUGCGGUGCAUUCAAUGGAGAAAGUAAUCGAGAUACACAGCAAGUAUUGGCAUUCACUCCAGCGUUACGCCUCCACGGUGGGAUACUCCCUGGUUGAGGCACAGAAGUGCGAGAACGAGGAGGCAGAGACGGUAACAGCCAUGGCAUCUCUGUCAGUGGGCGUGAAGCCAGCUGAGAAGAGACCCGAUGAUGAACCUAUGGAAGAGGAACCUCCCCUGUAGCAUUCACCUUUGAGCUGGAGUUCUCUUGUCUGUUCGUCUUCGUCUUGAAGCUCUGCCAAGAAGCUUUCUCUUGUUACUCCUGCGUCCUGUCAUGGUUUUUUCCAGAAUACAGAAGGACAACCAGGUGUAAAACAAAGCAACCGAAAAAAAUCUCUCCAUAUCUAUAUGCGUCUACAGUAUAUAUUUGCCGAAAAAGAAAAAUGCUGGUGAAGAGCAGUAAAGGACUGACACGCUGGGCAUUCUUCCUCGGGUCCUCACUGGGAACGGAAAGGGGAACGACGCCCGUGAAGUCUUUGGCAGAGUUGCCAAA